CACAAGUGUAAAGAGCUACGAAGAAGAACCGAAAGCGGUGUGGUAGCGAGUUUAGAGCGCUGGUAAGGGUUUUGGAUCUUCGAGAGCCUUGGCAAACUCAUAGGGAGUAGAAAACAUGGCGUUUAAUCUUACCGUAAACUCUAGCAACCCUCCUAUAGGGGCACUGUUGACAGCUGAGCACGUCAAAGGCAUCAUGAACGUGUCUGUGACAGAGGGCAAAGAGACCAAACUCCACAUUUCAGAUUUAGUCCAGUUCAGUGAUGCUAACUCCAUCAUGCGCUACCUGGCCCGUGCAGCCCCCAGCAUGGGCCUGUAUGGCUCCAACGUAAUGGAGCACACUGAGGUGGACCACUGGCUGGAGUUCGGUGCCAGCCGUGUGUGUGGUCAGUCUAGUCUAGCAGUAGCCCUAGCUGAGCUGGACAAGGCCUUGGCACUGCGGACCUUCCUGGUGGGGCACAGCCUCACUCUGGCAGACCUGAGUGUGUGGGCAUCACUUAAAGGUAAUGCUGAGUGGCAGAGCCAGGUUAAGUCGUUCUCUCAUGUGAGACGCUGGUUCUACUUCCUGGGAUCUCAGGAGCCUUUUUCCUCUGUGGGAAACAAGUGGGCCAGCAGCAAGCUCCCCACAUGCUGCUCUUCGGAGGAGAGGGAGAAAAAGCAGGACCUGGGGAAGUUUGUGGAGCUGCCUGGAGCUGAGAUGGGCAAGGUGGUGGUUCGUUUCCCCCCAGAGGCCAGUGGAUACCUGCACAUUGGCCAUGCUAAGGCAGCCCUGCUCAACCAGCACUACCAGGUCACCUUCAAAGGCAAACUCAUCAUGCGCUUUGACGAUACCAACCCCGAGAAGGAGAAGGAAGACUUUGAGAAGGUAAUCCUGGAGGAUGUGUCCCAGCUCCAGAUCAAGCCAGACCAGUUCACCUACACCAGUGACCAUUUCCCAAAGAUCCAGAACAUGGCCGAGAAGCUGCUGAAGGAGGGCAAGGCCUACAUAGAUGACACGCCCCCAGAGCAGAUGAAGCAGGAGAGGGAGCAGCGUGUGGAGUCCAAACACCGCAGCAACUCGGUGGAGCAGAACCUGAAGAUGUGGGAGGAGAUGAAGGCAGGUACAGAGUACGGACAGAGAUGCUGCAUGAGGGCCAAGAUCGACAUGUCCUCCAACAAUGGCUGCAUGAGGGACCCCACUCUGUACCGCUGCAAGAACACCCCCCACCCCCGUACAGGAAGCACCUACAGAGUGUACCCCACCUACGACUUUGCGUGCCCCAUUGUGGACAGCGUGGAGGGGGUGACCCAUGCCCUGAGGACCACGGAGUAUCACGACAGAGACGACCAGUUCUACUGGAUGAUCGAAGCCCUGGGCAUCAGGAAACCCUACAUCUGGGAGUACGCCAGGCUCAACCUCAACAACACCGUGCUCUCCAAGAGGAAGCUCACCUGGUUCGUGGACCAGGGCUACGUGGACGGAUGGGACGACCCCCGGUUCCCCACCGUUAGAGGAGUCCUCCGCAGGGGCAUGACCGUCGAGGGCCUCAAACAGUUCAUUGCAGCCCAGGGUGGAUCCAGAUCAGUAGUCAACAUGGAGUGGGAUAAGAUCUGGGCUUUCAACAAAAAGCUGCCAAUUAGCUGUAUCAAGGUAAUUGAUCCAGUGGCCCCCAGAUACACGGCACUAUCAGGGUCCUAUGUGGUUCCUGUCUCCAUCCCAGAGGCCCAGGAAGAGAUGAAGGAAGUGGCAAAACACCCCAAGAAUACUGAGGUGGGGAUGAAGGAGGUGUGGUAUGGGCCCAGGGUGCUGGUGGAGGGGGCAGACGCCGAGACCUUCCACGAGGGGGAGACGGUCACCUUCAUCAACUGGGGCAACAUUGUCAUCACCAAGAUCCACAAAGACGCGAGUGCUAAGGUGUCGUCCAUGGAGGCCCGUUUGGACCUGGAAAACCGGGACUACAAGAAGACCACCAAGAUCACCUGGCUGGCCGAGGCAGACCGUGCCCCUCUACUGCCCACCGUGUGUGUCAACUACCAACACCUCAUCACCAAGCCUGUCCUGGGGAAGGAUGAUGACUUCAAGGCCUACAUUAACCACCAGAGCAAGCUGGAGGAGAAGAUGCUGGGAGAUCCCUGCCUGAAGAGCCUGAAGAAGGGAGACAUCAUUCAGCUACAGAGGCGGGGCUUUUACAUCUGUGACCAGCCCUAUGAACAAGUCAGUCCCCACAGCUGUAAGGAGAGCCCCUGUGUGCUAUUCUACAUUCCUGAUGGACACACCAAGGAGAUGCCCACGGCUGGUUCCAAGGACAAGACCAAGGGCCAGGUCUCCUCCACACCUGUUUCCAAAUCCAAGGCAGCCUCAGCCCCAGCCUCGACCCCGGCCCCAGCCCCAGCCCCAGGGGGAGAUGUGUUUUCCAGCAUUGUGGCCCAGGGCGAGGCCGUUCGCCUCCUCAAGGCUGCCAAGGCCCCCAAGGAGGAGGUGGACAAGGCCGUACAGCAGCUUCUCACUCUCAAGGCCAAGUUCAAGCAGCAGACAGGCCAGGACUACAAGCCUGGCAUGGCUGCUCCUCCCAGCUCCAGCCCCGCCCCACCCACCCCUUCCUCAGACUCAGUCUCUUGUCCAUUUGCUUGUGUGGUCGAGCAGGCGGAGCUAGUCAGGAAGCUGAAGGCUGAGAAGGCUCCUAAGGACCAAGUGGAUGCCGCAGUCAAGCAGUUGCUAGCUCUCAAAGCCGAGUUCAAACAGCUGACUGGCCAGGAGUACAAACCAGGGAUGGCCCCCCCAGCCCCAGCCCCCAGCCCAGCCCCCGCGCAGGCCGUCCCAGUCUCAGGGUCCACAGACCUGUAUGAGAGGGUGACUCAGCAAGGGGAUCUGGUCAGGAAGCUGAAGACUGAGAAAGCCCAAAAGGAUCAGGUUGAUGCAGCAGUAAAGUUGCUGCUGGCCCUGAAGGCAGAGUACAAGCAGUCCACUGGCCAGGACUACAAGCCUGGAGCUGCCCUUACUUCUGCCCCUAAAUCUGCCCCUGUCCAAACUUCCCCUGUCCCUGCAGCAGGCCUGGACGUCUAUGAACGUGUGUCUCACCAGGGCGAGCUAGUGAGGAAGCUGAAGGCAGAGAAAGCUCCCAAAGACCAGGUUGAUGCAGCAGUAAAGUUGCUGCUGGCUCUGAAGGCAGAGUACAAGCAGGCCACUGGCCAGGACUACAAGCCUGGAGCUGCCCCUACUUCUGCCCCUAAAUCUGCCCCUGACCAAACUGCCCCGGCCUCUGCAGCAGGCUUGGGCAUCUAUGAGCUUGUGUCUCAACAGGGGGAGUUAGUGAGGAAGCUGAAGGCAGAGAAAGCUCCCAAAGACCAGGCGGAGGCUGCAGUGAAACAGCUUCUGGCUCUCAAAGCAGAGUACAAACAGCAAACAGGACAUGACUACAAACCUGGACUACAAGCUCCAGCAGCCCCUGCUGAGGCUAGUCUCACCCAGUCCGCACAAGGCCCCUCUCCCCAGUGCAAGGAGUUGUUCUCCCAGGUUGCCCAACAGGGGGAGCUAGUGAGGAAGCUGAAAUCAGAGAAGGCUCCCAAGGACCAGGUGGAUGAGGCGGUGAAGACCCUUCUGUCCUUAAAGAACCAGUACAAAGCCCUUACUGGUGAGGACUACAAACCACUGUCGACCACUGGCACACCUGGUGCCGAGGACAAGAACCGCAAAGAGCGUGAAAACAAGACCGAGAAGCAGGGAGGAGGAGGAGGAGGGAAGAAGGGGAAGGGAGACAAGCCCAGUCAGGGGAAGGAGGCAUUAAUAGGAGGAGGAGCAGGAGAGGGCCAGGCACCCAAGAAACAAACCAGGUUGGGUCUGGAGGCUAAGAAGGAAGAGAACUUGGCGGACUGGUACUCUCAGGUGAUCACCAAGGCUGAGAUGAUCGAGUACUAUGACGUGUCUGGCUGCUACGUGCUGAGACCCUGGUCCUUCUCCAUCUGGGAGGCCAUUAAAGAGUUCUUUGAUCGUGAGAUCAAGAAGCUGGGUGUGGAGAACUGCUACUUCCCCAUGUUUGUCUCCCAGGCCGCUCUUGAGAAGGAGAAGUCCCACAUCGAGGACUUUGCACCUGAGGUUGCCUGGGUAACACGGUCAGGAAAAACCGAGCUAGCUGAGCCCAUCGCUGUCCGACCUACCAGCGAGACAGCCAUGUACCCAGCCUAUGCCAAGUGGGUCCAGUCCCACAGAGACCUGCCCAUCAAGCUGAAUCAGUGGUGCAACGUGGUGAGGUGGGAGUUCAAACAUCCCCAACCCUUCCUGAGGACCAGGGAGUUCUUGUGGCAGGAGGGACACACAGCGUUCGCCACCAAAGAGGAGGCAGCCGAGGAGGUGUUACAGAUCCUGGACCUGUAUGCACGGGUGUACGAGGAGCUGAUGGCCAUCCCAGUAGUGAAAGGCAGAAAAACGGAGAAGGAGAAGUUUGCAGGCGGAGACUAUACCACCACUGUGGAGGCCUUUAUUUCAGCAAGCGGCAGAGCCAUCCAGGGUGCCACCUCCCAUCACCUGGGUCAGAACUUUUCCCGCAUGUUUGACAUUGUGUUUGAAGAUCCUAAGAAGCCCGGGGAGAAGCAGCUGGCCUUCCAGAACUCCUGGGGGAUCACCACAAGGACCAUCGGCGUUCUUACCAUGGUCCACGGAGACAACAUGGGUCUGGUGCUGCCACCAAGGGUAGCAUGUCUGCAGGUCAUCAUUAUCCCGUGUGGCCUCACAGCCUCCCUCCCCGAGGCAGAGAAGGAGGCUCUCCUGGCCCAGUGUUCCAAGUACCUGGCUCGCCUACAGCAGGCCCAAAUCCGCGUCAAGGCCGAUCUCAGGGAUAACUACUCCCCUGGUUGGAAGUUCAAUCACUGGGAGCUCAAGGGUGUGCCUAUCCGACUUGAGGUGGGUCCUAAGGACAUGAAGCAGCAGCAGUGUGUGGCGGUGAGGAGAGACACUGGGGACAAGAUCACCCUGCCUGAGUCCGAGACGGAGAAGAGGCUCCCCCUGCUGCUGGAGGAGAUCCAGAACAACCUGUACACUCGGGCAUCAGCUGACCUGAAUCAGCACAUGGUGGUAGCAGACACAAUGGAACAGUUCCAGAAGGACCUGGACCAGGGCAGGAUUGUCCAAAUCCCCUUCUGUGGAGGUAUUGAGUGUGAGGACUGGAUUAAGAAGACCACAGCUAAGGACCAAGACCUUGAACCCGGGGCCCCCUCAAUGGGAGCUAAGAGCCUGUGUAUCCCCUUCAAUCCCCUGAGGACCCUGCAGCCUGGACAGACCUGCGUCAGCGGCAAGGAGCCCGCAAAGUACUACACCCUUUUUGGACGCAGCUACUGAGGUGGAGGAGAGAGGAUUAAUGGAUGGAUGAUCUCAAUAGGCUCUUGUGGUGUACUUUCCACUUCUAUUCUCUUGGUUAAGUUAUUUUAUAUGGAUAUUGAUACAGAAGGGAGUCAGUGUCGGGGUGUCUUGUUUUUUAAUCAGCACAAGAUUUAUGGGGAAAUAAAAGUAAAUAUUAGAUUUUUGUUUUCUGUUUCUGGUGAAUGAGAGGAAGCAAGGGAAGAAAUCCACUAGAGGCUAUUGAGACUCACCAAUGAGAAAAAAAUUAUUGUUGCACUCUAGUAUUUACUUUUCCCUAUGUGUUCGUUAGUCACUUCAAUUAAAUAAUCACCCGGUCUGUCUAGCAAGCAGUAAAUGUUUACAGCUUGCCAGAGAGACUGGGGUAACUUACUGUCCUCAAUUUUUAUAACUGGUGAUCUGACCUGUAGCCUCAACCACUUUCACCCUAUCCCCUUCUAAAUAUCUCAGGACCUUCAGAAGGACACAGACACAAAGUUUCCCUGGUGCAAAUAAGGUAGAGCCCUAGGCCCUGGUCAUAUUCAACCAUUUCUGUCCUUUCUCUUUUCCAUUCAGUCUUCCUUGGGGAAAUUACUGCUCCAGGGUAGGUGGAUUGGUGAUUGGAGUGUCACGGGAUGUUUUUAUUUUUUGCCUUUUUAGUCAAGGUUUGAUCAGACAAAUGGUUGGAAGGUGUCUGCGUUAUUUAGAUUGGGACCUAAACAGAGAAUUGUACAUCAAGGGAGAUUAUCCAUUGAUUUUGGGCCCUUGGCUAGGCUUUAUCUGUGUAUGAAACUUGAUGUUCUCAGUGCCUGUUGUAACAACCCCUUUAGUUUACUGACAACCCUUUGACUGAUGUGGGUGGUGUGCACUGGGUAAUAGGGACUGUAUCUACUUCAUCUGAAUCCACUUUACUCAUAGGAAUUCUCCAAACAUGUAAUUAUGUAAUAUCAUAAAUUACUGUAUAUGUUAAUAUGCUGGACUGUUGAAUUCCUCAUGGCUUUUCCCUGUGAAUUGCAGAACUUGUCUACAAAUAAAGGGUAUUUGAAAAUGCCACUUGUGUGAUUGGUAAAGUAUGGUUGAUUUAUAUCUAGUGUUAAGAAAAAUGUGGAACGUGGAUUAAAUCGUCAAUACAAGCAAAUGUUUUCCAAAUGGAGCUAAUAAAUUCAAAUUAUU